UGUAUGUUUUUGGCUGAUUGUGAUCUUCUUGAAGGCUGGUUGUAUUUCAACCCCUUUAUGUAUAACUAGUACUUAGCACAGUGUCCGGCCAACAGCGGGGGCUUAAUGUUUGUUGCCCAGCACAUGAUUCGUCUCCCUUUGGACAGAUAGGGGCCUCGAGGACAGGUAGCGAUCUCCUUAAAUCUCCCUACAUCCGGUGACGCCGAGGAGGCAGUGUCCGGCCCGGAGUCAAGGGAGCUCUGGCCAAAUCAUUCAGCCUGCUUGCGGAGUGAAUCUGGAAAAUGUGCCGGAGAAGGAAAUGGCAGACCGUACCAGUAUUCUGCCAAGAAAAUCCCAAAGGAAGUCACGAAAAGUCGGACACGAUUGAACAACAACACCAGGCCUGAGAAAAAGAGCACCACUCGGCAGUUUCAGCGCCUCAAAGACUGACCGUCACUAACUACUUUUCCUCAGAAGGCUUAAGGUUCUUUGGAAAGGGCCGGCAGCGCCGGAAGCGGAACUCUAAAUUGGAGAUUAGCUGUUGCCUAGCGGGACUUCCGGGAACAGGACCGGGCCCCAGCGGAAGUGCUGCGAUCCGCCGCUUCUACUUCGAGUUUUCGCGUUAUAGGCUUCUAGUCCGCCGGCGGCGGCAGGGCCCGGGGCGGAUCAUGGGUCGGAGCAGGAGCCGUUCCCCACGGAGAGAGCGUAGACGAUCCCGUUCUACAUCUAGAGAGAGAGAGAGAAGGCGUCGAGAACGGUCCCGAUCUCGAGAGAGGGAUAGGAGGAGGAGUCGUUCUCGCUCUCCACAUAGGAGGAGGUCCAGAUCCCCAAGAAGGCACCGGUCUUCUUCUCCUUCCCCUUCCCGGCUAAAAGAAAGGAGGGAUGAUGAGAAGAAAGAAACUAAAGAAACAAAAAGCAAAGAACGUCAGAUUACUGAAGAAGACUUGGAAGGUAAAACAGAAGAAGAAAUUGAAAUGAUGAAAUUAAUGGGAUUUGCUUCCUUUGACACCACAAAAGGGAAAAAAGUUGAUGGUUCUGUAAAUGCAUAUGCCAUAAAUGUGUCCCAGAAGAGGAAGUACAGGCAAUAUAUGAAUAGAAAAGGUGGAUUCAACAGACCUUUGGAUUUUAUUGCUUGAUGUCUAGAUUGUACUGUUGAAGAGUGAUUUCUCCACCACUUGGUCACAACAAAGGAUAGUGUAUUUAAUUGUGUAUCAAAAACAGGAUGUCUCUUUCUCUCUUCCUGAAGAGCAAGAUAAUCUUAUUUAUGAAGUGUCUCGGAAUGUUCGCCCUGCCUCAAAGGAAGAAAGAUUUACUUCUUUCUUUUAGAAAAAUCUCAUUUUGGGAAUUUUUCAAACUUAUUUCAAUUAUUUCUAUUCCUGUGGAAGUCAUUUGCUUCAUGGACACCUUUCCCCACUCUCAUUCCCUGGACUUUAUUUUUUAAUAUGUUGGAUUCAAGUUGUCCCAAAUAAAGUAUUUCUUUUUAUGGUUCAAA